AUGUACGAGGCGAAGUUUCCGGAGGUAGAGCAGGUGGUGAUGGUUCAAGUUAAGAACAUCGCCGAUAUGGGCGCGUAUGUCUCGCUUCUUGAGUACAACAAUAUCGAGGGUAUGAUUCUCCUAUCGGAGCUAUCCCGUCGUCGCAUUCGUUCUAUAUCGAGUCUGAUCAAGGUCGGCCGGCAAGAGCCCGUUAUGGUGGUCCGCGUGGACAAGCAGAAGGGUUAUAUCGAUCUAUCGAAGCGGCGUGUAUCGGAGGAGGAGGUGGCGGCGUGCGAGGAGAAGUACAAUAAGUCCAAGAUGGUUCACAGCAUCAUGCGCCACGUGGCAGAGACGUCCGGCGUCGAUGUCGAGGUGGGAACGAUCGCACGAGACCUCCGCUGUUUCUUCCAAAUUCUUGGCGCCCCUUUGAACACCUUUCCCCCUCUCCCGUCCCCCUCUCUCGUCCCCCUCUCCCCUCUCCUAUUCCUCUCUUCCCCACCCCCCACCCUCUCUUCCCCUCUGCCUCCUCCCGUCGUGGCCGUGCAGGAGCUAUACACGAACGUGACGUGGCCGCUGUACCGCAAAUACGGACACGCGUUCGAGGCGUUCAAGCUGGUGGUGACGGAUCCAGACGCGGUGCUGGGGGGGCUCACCAAGGAGAUCACUGAGACAGGCGAAGACGGCAAGGAGUCACCCUCCCAACCUUGCACCCUCACACCCACCACCCCCCCGCCUGCUGUCAGCCCGCUGCAGGUGAAGAGGGAAGUGUUGGUGAUGCCAGAGGACGUGAAGAGGGAGGUGCCGGCAAUGCCAGAGGACGUGAAGGCGAACCUGAUUGCCAACAUCCGGCGCAGAAUGACCCCACAGCCCCUCAAGAUCCGAGCAGACAUCGAGCUCAAGUGCUUCCACUACGAUGGCGUGCUGCACAUCAAGGACGCCAUGCGCCGCGCGGAGCAGGAGAGCGAGGAGGACUGUGCGGUGCGCAUUGUGCUUGUGGCGCCGCCGCUCUACGUCCUCACCACCUUCACACUCGCCAAGGACAAGGGCAUAGCGGUGUUGGAGCGGGCCAUCAGAGCAGCGAGUGAAGAGAUCGACAAGCACAAGGGCAAGCUCACAGUCAAGGAGGCGCCGCGAGCGGUGAGUGACCGUGAUGACCGGUUGCUGGCAGAGCACAUGCAGAAGCUCACAGACGCCAACGCUGAGGUGGAUGGUGACGUGGACAGCGAGGAUGAGGACGAGGGCAUGGGCUCUGUUGACAUUGACAACGCCGAGGUCCUGCGGGAGAACAAGCGCAUGCUGGACCGGUCAAUUCGGGAGCUGGACCGCGAGCGAGCGCAGCUGCAGCAGCAGGAGAAGAAGCUCGUUGCUGACAUCAAGAAGUCGGCGAAGCAAGGGCAGAUGGGUGCGGUGCGGGUGAUGGCCAAGGAUCUGAUCCGCACGCGGCAUCAGAUCACCAAGUUCUACGGGCUCAAGUCCCAGCUGCAGGGCGUGUCCCUGCGGAUACAGACCCUCAAGUCCACCCAGGCUAUGGCAGACGCUAUGAAGGGCGUGACCAAGGCCAUGCGAUCCAUGAACAAGCAGCUCAACCUGCCAGCCAUGCAGAAGGUGAUGCGGGAGUUUGAGAUGGCGAAUGAGCGCAUGGAGAUGACUUCAGAGAUGAUGGGCGACGCCAUAGACGAUGCGAUGGAGGGCGACGAGGAGGAGGAGGAGACGGAGGAGCUGAUCAAUGAAGUGCUGGAUGAGAUCGGCAUCGACAUCAACCAACAGCUCAUGAAUGCGCCAACACCAGCAGCGCCCCAGGCACAGACAACAGGCAAGGUGGCACAGGCAGAUGCAGUGGGGGCUGGUGGGGGCGGUGGUGGAGGCGGGGGAGGGGGGAUGGGUCGUGGUGGCAGCAGCGGUGGUGAUGGUGGCAGCAGUGGGGGUGGUGGUGGGGGUGGCGGUAUGCCCAGUGCCCCAUCAGCAGCCCCGUCGGUUGGUGGUGCAUCGGAUGAUUCUGGGAUUGACAGUGACUUGCAGGCACGGCUAGACAACUUGAGGCGCACGCUCCCUCCCCUCCCGUCUCCUUCGCGCCAUCCCCAUUGUCGCGCACGCUCGCUUCCCUCCGUCGCGGAUUACAAACCCCAGCUUCAUUGCUGUACGGGCACUCCCCGAGACCGAUCACUCACACUCCUCCCCGUCGCCCACGCGCACUCCGUUCCCGCUGCCCACGCGCACUCCGUUCCCGCUGCCCACGCGGACUCCCUUCCGUUGCCCACGCUCAAGAUCUGCCCGUCGCCCACGCUCACUCCCUUCCCAUCGCCUUCGCGCAAUCGUGUCGUCGCCCUCUCUCAAUCCCUUCCGUCGCCCGCGCGGACUCCCUUCCCGUCGCCCACGCUCACUCCCUUUCCACCGCGCAAUCCGUCUGUCGCACACGCACACCCCCGCUCGUCGCACAUGGCCAAUUCCCUCUCGUCGCACGCUGCCGCCCGCGCCGCGCACUCCCUUUCGGUCUCCUUCCGCCGCCCACGCUCACUCCCUCCCGCCGCGACGGGCCCCUCUGUCGCCCAUGCUCACUCCCUCUCGUCGCCCACGCUCACUCCUCCCCGUUGUGCACGCUCUCUCCCCAUCCGUCGCCCACGCUCACUGCUCGUACGUCGCACACUCUCACUCCCUUCCGUCGCCCACGCUUACCCCCCUCCAGUCGCCUUCGCUCACUCUCUUCCGUCCCCUUUCUCCCUUCUCAUAGCCACCCUUACUCCCUUGCUAGAGUUAGAGUCAGCGCAUUCAGCGUACAAAUGGCAGCGGUUUAUUUCCAUGUGCAGCACCAUCCCUCACCUCACCAUCCCUCACCUCGCCAUCCCUCACCUCGCCAUCCCUCACCUCACCAUCCCUCACCUCGCCAUCCCUCACCUCGCCAUGCCUCACCUCGCCAUGCCUCAACUCACCAUCCCUCACAUCCCCAUCCCUCACAUCCCCAUCCUUCAUCUCACCAUCCCUCACCUCCCCAUCCCGCAUCUCCCCAUCCCUCACCCCAUCUCCAUAUUUUCAUACCUCCUUUGCACGCUCCCAAACCCACCCCUCCUCACCACUUCCCUCCUCUUCCCAUCCAUCCUCUCCUCAUCCCUCCCCAUCCGUCCUUUCCCCAUCAGAUUCUCUCCCCCUCCCCUCCAGGUGUUUCCCACACCGCCCUCGGCCCAGCGGCACCUCCUCAUCCCUUGUGCUUUUCUUCACCAGGAGCUGCUUGGGGUGCUGUGGACGGAUGGCGGUGGGCAGAGUCACGCAGCAGAGACUGGACGUGGUGCUGCUUGUCCACCCUUCCCCCCGUCCUCCCAACCUCUCUUCCUCCCUUCAUCACUUCAUCCCUUCAUCACUUCCUCCCUUCCGCCUCACCCCAUUCCGCCUCACCCCAUUCCGCCCCACCCAAUUCUACCUCACUCCGUUCCGCCCCACCCAAUUCUACCUCACCCCAUUCCCCCUGCCAUCCUACUUCCCAUCCCCUUUUCCUCCUUUCCCCAUCCCUCCUUUCCCCAUCCCAUCAUUCCCUCUGCCUCCGUUCGCCAUCCUUCCAUUUCCCAUGCCUACUUUCACCAUUCCACCAUACAAACGUUCGUUCUUCACCACCUCCUAUACCCAUCCCCUACCCAUCCCCUCCUCUCCCCAUCCAUCCUCUCCCCUUUGAUCCUCUCCCUAUCCCUUUUCUUGCCAUCCAUCCUCUUCCAAACCCAUUAUUUUCUCAUUCCCUCCUCUCCCCGCCCCUUCCUCCACGUCUCCCAUCUGCCGUACCUCAACUCCCUCUGUUCCUCCCAUCCUCCAUGCUCAUUUCCUCCCUGCCACCCUUUCUCCUCCCCACCUUCCUCCCCUCCCUUCUGCUUCUCUCCCCCACGUCCUCCCUACCUCCCUUCCAUCAUCCCUUUCCCCCUUCAACCCUUCAUUCCUCACUUCCUCAUUUGUGUCAUUCUUUUGCAUGCGUUCUUCCUUUCUACUACAGUUCCGUCACAUCUGACUUCCUGGUGUGUGUUUGUACAGGGGUGCUCUGCAUCAGGCUGUGAUGUGUUGGCUGUUUGA